UUUGGGAGGAACGCGAAGGAGGAUGUUAAGGCGGUGCAGAUCAAGCGCAGAACCGCUAAGGAAGGUUUAGGGUUUGUUGGUGAUGCUCCUGCUGCGCUUGUUCGGAGCAACAUUGACAAGGACAGCAAGAACAGGGAAAACAAGAACAAGGAAAAGAAUGAGGACAAAGAAAAGAGUGAAAAGGAGAAGGUUGUUAGGAUUGUUGGGGGAAGAGAUGCCGGGUUGAAGGGUAGUGUUGUUUCUAGCAUUGGGGAUGGUUAUCUUGUUUUGAGGCUUUCCGGGAGUGGACAGAAGGUGAAGGUGAAGGUGGGUGAUGUUGCUGAAUUGGGUUCUAGGGAGGAAGAGAGGUGCUUGAGGAAAUUGAAGGACUCUAAGAUUCGGCGCGAGGAGAAGAGACAGGAUGUUGGUAGGAGAGAGGAGAGGAGAGUGGUGGAUCAUAGGAAGGUUUCUUGGCUUACUAGUCACAUUCGGGUUAGGGUGAUUAGUCGUGAUUUGAAAGGGGGGCGGUUGUAUUUGAAGAAGGGGGAGGUUCUUGAUGUUGUUGGGCCUACGACUUGUGAUAUAUCUAUGGAUGAGAGCAGGGAGAUAGUUCAAGGGGUGUCCCAAGAUGUUCUUGAGACGGCAAUUCCGAGAUGUGGGGGGCCGGUGCUUGUGUUGGCUGGUAAAUACAAGGGUGUGUAUGGGAGUUUGGUGGAGAGGGAUUUGGACAGGGAAAGUGCUGUUGUUAGGGAUGCUGAUACCCAUGAGAUGUUCAAUGUGAAACUUGAACAGAUUGCAGAGUAUAUAGGGGACCCGAGUUUAUUGGGACAUUGAUUUGGUUGCAUCGACUGGACUUCCAUUUGGGGCGACAGAUUUGCAAGUAUGCAUAUUGGGAAUGUCGGUUUUCUUUUUCUUUAAUACUCCCAAGAUAAUUUAAGGACGAACAUCCAUUUAAAAGUUAAAACUUAAACUUUUAUUUUGAAGGGGGGUGUCUUUCAUUUCAUAUAUUGAUUGAAUUAUUGCCAGAUGCAUAAAAGUUAGUUUUGUUUACAUUGAAAUACUAGGCUUGACAUCUUCUUGUAUUUUAGACAAGCUUUUGUUGUAUUGUAUUUUAAAUUUUUAACAAGAAGAAACAGAUAAUAAAAAAAGGAGAAUAAAAUAAGAUGCUAAAUCAGGAAUUGAUGAUCAGGAUCCUGGGGGGAAAACAACUGCAAUAGCAAUACUUAUGAACGAUGAAGGAGGGAUCAUUGCAAUAGAUAGAUCU